AUGAUCUCCGUCAGCCUGGUCGCCAUCUUUCAAUGCUCACCGGUGUCCAAGGAGUGGAAUCCCACCCUCCCAGGCAGCUGCAUUAACCUUCAAAGCAGCCUUGAUCGGGGACGGGGUCCCGAAUUUUGUCACGGAUAUCCUGAUUUUGGCACCACCAGCCAAACUCGUCUGGGGACUGCAGGCGAGUGUUUGGCAGCGCGUGUCGAUUAUUCUAGUGUUUCUAAGUGGGAGUUUAAGAAACGCAUUAGCGUCGUCUUCGCGAGCAUUUAUAGUUUCAGUCGCAUCUUCAUCUUCGACCAAAAAGACAUCGCCUGGACCCUGGCCGAUGCCCAGAUCUGGUGUGUGAUUGAAACCGCCGCGGGCGUGAUCUCGGCCUGUCUGCCGACGACCGCACCGCUCGUCAAGUUCUGCACCACGGGUGUCUUUUCGACGGCGCGCUCGCUCUCCAAAUCUAACCACACCGACUCCCGUGGUGGUGCUGGCGUUGUGGGAUCGGCUUCUGCUGAUGGCGGAGCCGUAGGCGAUGGGUCCCGUCGCAGUGGAGAGAAUUACACACUGGGAGAUCUGGGGCAUGGGAAUCGGGGAAGCAGUUCACAAUUGAAGGGGAAGGGGUAG